GGCAGAGAUAGAGAAGAACCAGGCACGGAAACUUCUACAAUAGAAUUUAUAAUUCUUUCUGUAUCUCAGAAACAUGAGCAUGCAGUACAAAAUAAUGUAUUCAUCUUUAUUAUCUGUUCUUAUGCUGUUGGCACUAUAUGUAGCAAUCUCAAAUGAAGCUGAGUUGCGCUGUGAAUGUGUAAAAACCACAUCCAACCUCUUCCCGAAAAAACAUAUUGCAAACGUGGAGAUAAUCAACAGUGGUCCACACUGUCCAAAAAUGGAAAUAAUUGUCACUUUAAAGAAUCAAAAACAAUUCUGUUUAGAUUCAGAAGCAAAGUGGGUAAAAGAAUUUAUCCUCGCCAUUCUGAAAAGACCAAGAAAGUCACGAAAAGCAACAGAACAUUUAUGAAGAAGGUUAUUUAACUCUACAAUAUUUUCUUAAUUGUGUUGGAAGUAAUGGAGUUGACCAUGUAAACAUGUUGAAGAGUGAGAUUACAAAUGAUGAAUCUAAAUGAAUA